GGGUGGGGGCAGAAGGAGCAGCUGCCCUGAGGCCUGCUCGUUAAAAGGGCCCAGGUCUCCAAGUUGCCAUGGCAACACCAGAGCCCUAGGGCUCCCGGCUGCUGGCCACAAAGCCUGGCUAGAGGUUCACCCAAACCCCGCCUCAUCCACCUGGGGCCCCGCCCCUUUUAGGGUCCUAGCUCCGCCCCCCCUUUUUAAGUUCUGUUGUCUGCUUUCAUCCCUGCUGACCUGCGCCCCAUCAGCUCCUCUUGACCUCCAAGAUGCAUGCCGGCUCUGCUGCCCACAGGCACACUGAACAGCUGGAAUUUGAGCAGGGCGAAGAGACGGCCGAGACCACUGGACCCCCAGCCCUUGCAGCUGGAAGGGUCCCCGGGGGGCUGGGAAUUGAGAAGGCCAAAGUCCGGGGUCUGGGACUGAAAAUCCCUAGGGUGGUGACCGGAGCAACAUCAGGGAUUGGGAAAGCCUAUGCCCAUGAGCUCGCCAAGAGAGGCCUCAAUGUGGUGCUGAUCAGCCGUUCCAUGCCAAAACUGAAGCAAGUGGCCGCUGAGAUUGAAGAGCAGCAUGGCCGAAGCACCCGGGUUGUGGAGGCGGAUUUCACCCAGGGCUCAGAGAUCUAUGCCUCCAUCGACGCCGCCCUGCAGGGCCUGGAGAUUGGCAUUCUGGUGAACAACGUUGGCAUGACCUAUGCACCAAGGCCGGUGAAUUUCCUGGAUGUCCGUGACCCCGAGAAGGUUUGUCUGGUUCACAAGCUGCUGAUGCGCUAG